UCAUCGCGGGAGAGGGUUAGUUCAGUCGAAACCACCGGUCGCGUAAGACGUGCCUUUGGAAGGCUCGCCAUCUCUACGUAGAGUUGAACAGUGCUGAACGUGGAUGGUUCAAGUUUUGUUGUUUUUUUUUCGCUUACUCCAUACCGGUUUUGUGGAGGCCUAUUACUGUGAACGAACGAAGUUUUUUUGCAAUACGUCUCUCGUGAGUUGGUUUUCGUUGUUUAUUUUGCUUCAUCAGUGUGAGCAAAAAAAAAAACGUUGUUGGAAAAGCUGUGAAUUCUAACUUUCCGUCUGUUGAUGUUCCGUGAAGUUGUCGAGUGAUAACGAGUCGCGUGUACUAAUGAUAUGAUGAAAUGCAUUGUUCGCUACAUUGGAUGGUCUGAACGUCAGCAGUGUUAUGAGUGAAUGAAGUAUUUGUAAGGUAUCAACAAGUUUAUCGUUCAAUGUGUUCAAUUUUGAUUGAUAACAAGUAAGGCGGUGGAGAAGAAGUUGAAAUCGAUAAGGUUCAAGACCUACUUCAAGGAAGACAUAGGCUAGACACCAUCAUUGUGCUGCAUCUUCAAAAGUGGUACAAGAAAGUACCGCCUUCACGUGGGUCAAUUCCGUUGAUGGAUGUAUGCUCUCUGUUGGGAACAUCAGCAUUUUAGUUGGAUAAUGGAUCCUCGAGUGCAGAGUUUAAUGCGUAAAGAAUGAUGAAUAGGAACGAAUGUAAGAGAUGUAGGAAGUGAGUACGUUUAUGAAUUCAAUUAAUUUUGAGCAGUUUCGUUGGAAGACGUGAAAGCAAGAAGGUGGAAAUAUAAACAGUGAGGCUUAUUGGUUAGAUCCCAUCUUUAUCUCAAGAACGUGUGGACCACGGACGAAUAAAGGAUGCUGCGUCUUCUAGUGUAAUUAAAAUGUGAGAUGUCUGAGAAAGUUGAGAUCGCGGUCUUUUUGCCGGGAUGACCAUCAUCAUCAUCGUUCAUCUCCUACCAUCGUCGACAUCGUCUACCGGAGUACCGGACAACGUAACGCCGUGUGAUCCGUUCAUCUUUAAUUAUAAAACAUAAUUUAUGUACCUGUGUUCAUAUAACUUGUGGAAUUACGUUGCAGUUCUUGAGGAAUGAGAAGGCAGUUUGAAGCGCCUGAAGGAGACACAAAAAAGUUUCUUUUUGUACUUAUCCAUGUUCUACUGAUUCGCCUCAGUGGUGUUUGCUGUAACAGAAGUGAUCCUAUACAUUAUGCGGAAGAAGUGCAUGCUUGAAGCAACUAUUUUAUGAUACUCGAGAGGCCGCAAGCAAGCGUCGGUCUCCGUUUUGCAUCGCUGGUGUGAGUGAAACGAUAAAUUUUCCGAAAAAAGUGAAAGAACACAGCGAAACAAAAGACCUCGAUUCCGAUAAACCAGAGAAGAAGCAUACGGACGAAUGAAUGGGAGAUAAGUUAACAGCAAAACAUUUAUUUUCAUCGGAGAGGUGCAACGGCAGCAAUAAAUGAUGAUGAUAAUUUCAAAUAACGAGAUUAGGUUAAUGGUGAAUUCCCACAAGUGAAAAGUGUGCAGGCGAUGAAAAUUGUGCUAUUUAUCAGUGUCUUUUGAAUGGCUCAAUAAAUGAUAGUAAUUAAUCGAAGCUCACAGUCAACGGAGUACAUUGAUCAACGGUUGCUGUAAUAAAUCACUAUCAAAUCGAUCCGUCAGUGUCACAAUCAGUGAACCGAACCGAGUUGUGAAUGUAGUUCUACAAUCGUUCUUAUAACUAUCACCAGCUACGUAAAGCGUGUUGUUGUAAAGACGGUAUGAUUGAUAAUAGAGUACACUCUCUCACUCCCUCCCUGGAUGCGUGUUCAAUGUUAAUGGGUUGAAAAUAUAUUGGAAAUGCCUAUCACUGCGAAGACUACGAAAACAGCGCCAUCUAGCAGUGCGAGUGCGGCAACGAACGGUAGCUCAUCAAGGGCGGUUGCUUUUCCGGCACCGAACGUAACCAAUGGAGCUGUUGCAUCUAACGGACUAGCCUCCUCCGGCAGUGGACGUAAUGCUCGACCGGGAAGCGGAUUGAGUCUAAGCGUAUUAGAUUUGGCUGCGAUUCGGAAGAUUUUGGAAAACGAAACCGGUGGCGCACUAUGUCCAAGCUGUCAGAUGCCGUUCGAUAAGGGUAAAAAGAGGAAACUGAUUGACACCUGUGGUCAUGAGCGGUGCUACUCGUGCAUGUUCCGGAACGAAAUCUGCCCCAUCUGCCACCCUGCCUCGCAACCGGAUAUCGACCAUGACAUUUUAUCCAACCAUGGCAGCUACUUAAGUAGAAAAAUGCAAGGCUACGAUACGGGAAUCGGUAGCACAACGACGCUACUGAGCCCCCUCAGCUCGCCUCAACCGGUAUGUCGCUCGCAAGUCCGACAAGCUGGCCACCUCUCGCCAACAUAUCAAAGCCCAAGUGAUCUCAUGUCAUCAGACGUAUACAAAUUGAAGGACCGACCGCCGAGGUGUCCUUCCGCAUCCAGCAAAUCGGAAUCGCACUACGCCAGCAUAUCGAACGCAUCCUUCGGCAUGGGGAUGAAGCCAUCGCAACGGUCCGGCCUCAACAGCAGUAGUGAAAUUUCCUCAAGUGCCUGCGCAACACCUCCACAAAACCGAAGACGACUGUUCAGCCCCAAGAACCUGCGUAGUCCGUUUGGCUAUCGUCGGAGUAAUGCCGCCACCGACAACUCAACACUGUCCGACGAUGAAGGCGGCAAUGUCAAGCCCAUACUGCUCAACGGCAAAUCCAAGUCAUCCCAAGAUGAGCUGCAAGUGCGCCUCGGAUUCUUCCUGGAGAACAACCCACGCCGUAACUUGCGUGCGCCCAUACAAUCCUGCAGUUCGCUUACGUCGACUAACACCAGCCCGGUUUCGACCCUCACCGGAUCAUCCGAGGCCGACGUAUCGCGCACGCUGCAACUACACCAGGAACCAAACCACUACAAUACCGGCUGUGAUUCAAUUGGCUCCAUGAUGUCCGUGUCCAUUUCGGAGCAGAGCAAUGCCUCGUCCAGUCCCAUGAGUCGGAGGCAUUCCGUUACCACUUCCCAAGGUGGCGGAGGAAAUAUCGAUGACCUCGCUCUGUUCAAAACCCGAAAAACGACCGUUAGGCGAUCAGCUCGAUCCGGUCAGAUAAAAGGGCCGAUUGACCCGAAAAUUCGAUUUGCUCAAUACCGCCAGCAUCAGCAACUCACGUUGAAGCCGUUAUUCUUCGAAGUACCUACCCAAGAACCGGAUCCACUGUUUGUCGGUCGACAUUGGCUAGUAAGAGAAUUGGCCAACGCAGUUCAAUCCACCGACUCGCCCGGUAUCCUCUUAAGUGGAAACUUGGGAACGGGGAAAACAGCUCUACUUCUACAGUUGGUCGAAUACUCAUGCUUUGGUCGACGUAAGGAGAUGCCUAUACAGGAGAAUGAUGGAAUCUAUUGCCAAAUCAAUGUUGCGCAUGAUCGAUUACGUAACCUUGCAUCGCACGUGGUAGCAUAUCAUUUCUGCCAGGCGGACAACAACUCGACCUGCCUUAUUCCAGAUUUCAUUCACUCUUUAGCGGCUCAGCUGUGUCAGGCACCGCAACUAGCUGCCUACCACGAGUUUCUACUUGGUGAACAAGCUCUUCAGAACGUUCUCAGUGUAAAAGAAUGUAUUGCCGAUCCUGAGCGUGCAAUGGUCAUGGGAAUACUGGAACCGUUGUCUGCACUCCGAAGAGUCGGAAAAAUACCCCCAAAGAACUGCGUUAUAUUGAUCGAUGGAUUAUGUGAAGCUGAGUAUCACAGACCUGACCACGGAGACACCAUUGCGUCAUUCUUGCAGAAAAUGGCUGAACACUUUCCUUCUUGGUUGAAGGUAAUUGCUACGAUCCGCACUCAAAUGUCUGAGUUCACGAAAGGAUUGCCGUAUACUAAAAUGAGUCUCGACAAUUGGAACACUAAUGAAGCGCUGCAAAAAGAUAUCCUCGAAUAUAUCACAUUCCGGAUUAACCAGAGUUCCAGCAUACAGCACAACAUUGCUGGAGGCAAAGAAAUCAUCAAUACUAGCCUACACUUUAAGUUUGCGCAGCAUUUGCUUAGUCUAACAAAAGGUUCCUUCCUUUACGCUAAACUGACGUUAGAUCUGAUCGAACGAGGCAGCUUGGUAAUCAAAUCGAGCAGCUUCAAAGUGUUGCCGGUUUCGUUGGCUCAAAUAUUCUUACUCAACUUCAAUCUACGCUUCCCCACAACGACCGCGUACGACAAGAUCUCCAGCAUUUUGAGCGUCUGUUUGGCUGCUCUCUAUCCCUUGACAUUAACUGAAAUCUUCUACUCCAUCAACGCCCUGGUUGUGGAAGGAGAAGGAGGCGAACACAUCGACUGGGAGGAGUUUGUGUGUCGAUUCAAAACGCUAACAGGUUUCUUGAUCAAGCGUAUAGACAACACGUACAUGUUCUUCCAUCCUUCGUUCAGGGAGUGGUUGAUAAGACGAGAUGAUGGAGAAAGCACCAAGUUCCUUUGUGAUCUCCGGAAUGGUCAUGCUGGCAUUGCUUUGCGAUUAUCUCGCUUACAAGCUCCUUUAGACCCCGAUCAAGCACUCGAACUGGGUCACCAUAUACUAAAAGCUCAUCUCUACCGCGCUGCACCUCAGCAUCAAUCUCCGAGGGAUUUGCAAGCAUUUUGGGUGUCUUCUGUAACGGCAUGCAUAUCAUCGGCGCUUUGUACGCUCAGAAACGUGUACAGCCCAAACAUAAAAGUUUCUAGGCUUCUCCUCUUGGCUGGAGCUUCUCCAGAUCAUGUUACUAGUUUCUUAGGUAACGCAACUGUACUUUGCAUAGCUGCCCAUGAAGGAAUAGUGCCGAUGGUCAGUCUUCUGCUCGAAUUCGGAGCCAAUGUGGAGAAAACCAACAGUCAAGGAUGCACUCCGUUGAUUUUAGCCUCAGCAAAAGGACAUUGCGAUGUAGUCCGCCAACUGGUUGCCGCUGGCAGUGCCCUUGGUCAGACUGAUACAUCCCAGAGAUGCGCUUUGGUCCAUGCUGCCAUAACUGGAAAACUUAAGGUUGUUAAAUACCUCGUGGCAUGCGAUUGGAACCCAAGGCCUGACAGCAAUGACGUCACACUAGAACAAGCAGCCCAGCAAGCAUUGAUAGCUGCGGCAAGUCAAGGAAACACAGAAAUCGUCGAAGAUUUCUUGGAUAUGGGUGAGGUUCAGGUGAACCGAUUGGAUAUAAUUACAGGCGAAACCGCUCUGACGACGGCUUGUGCUAACGGGCACACAGAAACAGUGACAAUCCUUCUCAGUCGAGGGGGUGCAACCGACGUGCGGAAUCGCAAAGAACAGUCGCCUCUACUGAUAGCAGUUAAGGAAGGACAUUGGGCAAUCGUCGAGAGAUUACUGCAGAGUCAAACCGAUGUCGAGCAGACCGAUGGCAACGGGAAAACAGCACUUAUGGUCGCUGCAGAAGAGGGUCACGUUGGUAUCAUCGAACUACUGUUGAACAGAGGAGCCUCCCUCGGUACAUUGGAUAAGGAUGGCCUCAGUGCUCUUAGCUGGGCUUGUCUUCGAGGGAAGCAACAGGCUGCUAAAUGCCUGUUAGAGAGAAAUGCAGACAAACAGCACGUUGACAGCACCGGUAGAACACCUCUUGACCUGGCAGCUUACCAAGGAUCUGCUGCCCUGGUUCAAAUGCUACUUGACCAUGGAGCGCAGAUAGAACAUGUCGACAUUAACGGUAUGAGACCACUGGACCGUGCAAUUGCUUGUCGCAAUGUGCAAGUGGUGCAAGUUUUCUUGAAACGAGGAGCUAAGCUAGGACCUGCUACUUGGGCAAUGGCCAAUGGGAAAUCAGAAAUAAUGCUCAUACUUUUAAACAAACUCCUCGAAGAUGGAAACACCUUAUAUCGCAAAAAUCGCCUGCAGGAAGCUUCCCAUCGUUAUCAAUAUGCCUUGAAGAAAAUUCCUGCUACAUCACUCACUAACAGUGAAAGUGGUCCAGAUCAAACCACUUUAUACUCAGCCGAUACGAACAACAACUCCGCCAAUAAUGCCACCUUCCAACAACUAAAAUUCAACUUUUUGCUCAACUUGUCACGAUGCAAGCGUAAAAUGAACGUUGUUGCAGAGGCAGUAGAGCUAGCAACUCAAGCAAUUGAAAUCAAACCUAACGCCUACGACGGAUACUACGCAAGAUCGAAAGCUCUUAUGGAGUAUGGCAACUACGGAGAAGCCCUCCGCAACGCAAGCAUGGCUUUGACGAAGGCGCAAUCCACGUCCAUGGAAAUCCGAGAAACACUCACCCGAUUACAUAGCGACUUGCAAAAACGUCACAUGCAAGCUCAGGCGGAAGCAGGCCACUCUUCUGCUUUGAGCGAGAACAGCACCAGAUCCAGUUCCGUGCACAGCAGCCGCUCCGUCGCCGAAAGCAUGGACAUUAUCACAGAUUUGUAGUUGCUGGACAUAAUACUUAAUUUAUCAGUAAGAAUAAGUUAAAAA